AUUCUAUUAGUUGGUUUAACACCAGAGUGCAGUUUAAACGUAUCCCGACGGACAACGGCAGUGUAAAAGUAAAAUGACUAAAAUAACUUUGUACGGUUUAGAUGCAAGUCCACCAGUUCGUGCUUGCUUACUAACCUUGAAAGCGUUGAAUUUGCCUUUUGAAUACAAGCGCAUGAAUUUAUUAGAAGGGGAACACUUAAGUCAGGAAUACUUGAAGAAGAAUCCUCAACACACUGUACCCACUUUAGAAGAUGAUGGAAAUUUCCUCUGGGAUUCACACGCCAUCAUUGCCUACUUGGUAAGCAAAUAUGGCAAAAAUGAUUCACUUUAUCCCAAGGACCUUUUGAAACGCGCACAAGUCGAUCAACGUUUGCACUUCGAGAGUGGUGUUAUGUUCCAAGGAGGUUUACGCAACAUAACUGCUCCAUUGUUCUUUAGAAAUGAGACACAAGUACCUCAACAUAAAAUUGAUGCAAUUAUUGAAAUUUACGACUUCUUGGAGGUUUUCCUCAAAAACAGUCCAUACAUGGCUGGUGAUCAUUUGACAAUUGCCGACUUUAGCAUUGUAACUACAGUGACUUCGUUGGUGGCUUUUGUUGACAUCGAUAGUUCAAAGUAUCCAAAAUUGACUGCCUGGAUUAAACGUUUAGAAAGUCUACCCUAUUAUAAUGAAGCUAAUGGUGUCGGUGCUAAGAUGUUGGUAGAAAUGAUUAAAUCGAAGAAUAUCACCAUUGUAGUUUAAUUAAACUUUGACGCUUGGAAUUAAAUAUUGUAUGAAAGUGUAAAGUGUAAAGCUAUUGAUAACCGUAUACAAGUGAAAUAAAAUUUUUUGCUCAAAGAAA